AUGUUACAUGACUUACUCAUUGAUUAUCAAAAUAUCGUCUCCUGUGGACCUCGCGAGUUUGGCCAAACAUAUAAAUUAUCUCCUCUGAUUGACGCUGGAGAUGCAGUCCCAAUACUUCACUUAGCCAUACAACUCCCUCUUACAGAACAGGAGAAUGGUUUCAAAGAGACAAAAGCCAUAAUUGAACAAGAUACUAGUUCUUGGGCAUCACCUAUUGUACUUGUGAAGAAGAAAGAUAGAUCCACAAGGUUCUGCGUGGACUACCAUAUGGUGAAUGAAGUCACAAAAAAGGAUGCUUACGCACUGCCCAGGACAGACUCUACCUCGGAUGCUUUAUCUGGAUCAAAAUGGUUUUCAACAUUGGAGGUGGAUAUUGACAACUGCAAACCAACAAAACAAGUAGCGUAA